AAGUCUGUUUUCAUUUUGCCUCUCAAGGUAACAAGGUCUUGAAGGUGGCAUUUGGAGCAGCCAUGGGCAAUGUUGGAGGUAUUGAAGCUCAGAGCAGUGAGAUCACACUGACCUACAAGGCCGUCCUCUCAAACACAGGCUCAUACGACCCUGCUACAGGUAUUUUCACUGCUCCAGUCAAAGGAAUGUAUUACUUCAGCUUCUCUGGUCAUAAUCAAUCACAAAAGUCAAUGGGGCUGCGACUCAUGAAGAAUGAAGUGCAGAUCAUUACUGUGUUCAAUCAUCCAUCUACUAAACACUUUGACACGGGAACUAAUGGCAUGAAUAUACCUCUUAAUGUGGGAGACCAGGUGUACAUGAGGCUCCGGGUGAAUACGUGGAUUUAUGAUAAUCUUAAUUACCACAGCACCUUCAUUGGACAUCUGUUAUUCCCUUUCUGAGAAAAAUAAACUCCAGAGAGAGAAGAGAGAGUCAGUGAGGUGCAGUUCAUUGUUACUUCAAUUGGGGUGUUGCUUAAUGAAUUAAAGUGUUAAUGAAAACACUGUGUGAUAAUAAAUUAAGUUAAACGGGAUCCCGAUCAAAACUAAUUGAAAAGUUUUAAUUGAAAGUUUUAUAUUGAUUGAUAUUAUGUUUCUUUUUGUGUUGUGUUUCUUUUUAAUCAAUAAACACACU